CUCUCAGAGCGACUUCAAACUCUCCUUCCACGCGAAGCAGUCCGCUUUUCCACUACAAGUCUACUUCACGUUGGCACACAUUUCCUUUGCUAGUUUCGAUACACUAUGUCAGCAGCAGUCCUUUCUCCCUCGGUCGCCAAUGCCCCAGCGGCGGCGGCACCGUCUGUCGCUUCUUCCACUGUCACCAAGCCUGCCGCCAGCACAAAGGAAAGCAGCAGCAGCACUGCGACGAAAUCUCGCUCUAGCUCCACCUCUAAGCCAUCUUCCAGCAAGUCGGCUCCGAGAAAGGUCCGCUUCAAUGUUGGUUCGCGCUACCGCGUCUGUGAUGUGAUUGGCGAGGGCGCAUACGGAGUUGUCUGCUCGGCUGUCCACCGCGCCACCGGGCACAAGGUCGCCAUCAAGAAGAUCCAGCCUUUCGAGCACCAGAUGUUCGCACUACGCACCCUGCGCGAGCUGAAGCUCCUUCGCUAUUUCCAAGAGUGUGAGGUCUCUGAAAACAUUAUCUCAAUCCUGGACAUUGUUAAGCCGCCAAGCUACGAGGCCUUCACCGAAGUCUACUUGAUCCAAGAGCUCAUGGAGACCGACUUGCACCGCGUCAUUCGAACACAGGAGCUUUCCGAUGACCACGCACAAUACUUCACCUACCAAUCGCUGCGGGCGCUUAAGGCGCUGCACAGCGCCGAUGUCAUCCACCGCGAUCUCAAGCCGUCAAAUCUGCUGCUCAACGCCAAUUGUGAUUUGAAGGUGUGCGACUUUGGUCUUGCACGAUCGGUUCUGACUGCCGAGCCGAAUGGAGGCGAAACAGGCUUCAUGACGGAAUACGUCGCGACGCGAUGGUACCGCGCGCCGGAAAUCAUGCUCACGUUUAAGCAGUACACCAAGGCGAUUGACAUCUGGGCCGUCGGUACCAUCCUCGCCGAGAUGCUUACCGGCCGACCGCUCUUCCCCGGCCGCGACUACCACCACCAACUCUCGCUAAUCCUCGAUGUCCUAGGGACGCCAACGCUGGAGGAAUUCUACGCGAUCAACUCGCGGCGAUCACGCGACUACAUUCGUGCGCUGCCGUUCCGCAAGCGUAAGGACUUCGCCAAGCUAUUCCCGACCGCAAGUGCCGACGCGAUCGACUUCUUGCAAAAGACACUCACAUUCGAUCCCAAGAAGCGCCUCACAGUCGAGCAGGCGCUUGAGCACCCGUACCUCGCCGCGUACCACGACCCGGAGGACGAGCCGACAGCGCCGAGCCUGCCUGCCGACUUCUUCAAGUUCGACCUAGAGAAGGCGACCAUCACCAAGGAGGAGCUGCGCGGCGAGCUGUGGCAGCAGAUCCAGGAGUUCACUCCGCUGCUUUGAGAGGCACUUGCUACCAUCAUUACUUCUGCUUCUGCCCAUGCUCGUGCUU